AACGUUGAUUCAUAUUAAAUAAAAUUAUUAUUAUUAUAUUAUAAUAAUUUGUACUUAUUACGUUAUACCUAUCGCAUUAUUACAGUAAUUUAACUUUAUUUAAUUAAUUGAUUAUGUUUAAUAAAUUAAAUUGAUAAAACAACAGUUUGUGGCAAACUCAAUUAAAUUCAUGGCUUAUUGAAAUCAAUCAUUUUGGACGACAAUGUGGGACCCAAACGACACACAUAUCACCGAAACUAUACACCCUUCUGACCUUCAGUUAUCGCAUGUAUUGGGAAAGGGAGGUUUCGGACAAGUGCGUAAAGGGGUCUGGAGGGGACGGCAUGUGGUGGUAAAGCAAACCGAGAAAUCUAAAGAAAAAUAUUUCACAAACGAGUGGACAAAGCUGUCGCGUGUGAGCCACCAAAAUAUUGUCAAAUUAUUAGCGACCGAUAAAAGUUUUUUAUGGCUGGUUAUGGAGUUCGCCGAGGGUGGCAGUCUGUGGACAGGUAUG